CAAUUUUUUCAUCCCCAUGUCCCAAAAUACGUCUCAUCCACUAACAAUCUCUGAGGCGUUCCACCAUCUUGCGGAACAGCGCCCUAGGAUCGUAAAAAAGGACGUUAAAUUUCGUAGAAUUUUUGAAAAUACGUAUGAUUACUGCCAGCAGCAUACCAGGGUUUCGUCGACAUCGCUGAUGGAGAACUUGAGGACGUCGCUCGUUGAGCUGGGACUGAGUGAGGAUGAGGUUGCGAUUGUGGCAUCGCUGUUUCCACAGAGUGUGGAUGAGAUUAGGAUAUUGGUUGAUAGUCUGGGGAGACUUGAUGAGCAGACGCUUAUCAAAGUUAUAAAUAAGAUCAAUAGUGUGUCUUAGGAUAAUAAAUUUCCGUU